AUGGUUGGCGUGGGAGGAAGAAUUGAGGUUCCCCUCGAGCAGCUUGAGUUCGCGGCGUACCUUUUGACGAGUAUGUUCCAUAGCGAUCCUAAUCUGGCAGGUCAGAUAAUGCAGGCGGAUGAGACGUUGGAGGAUGUGGAUGUUAGGAAGCUGGCGUUUGUGCGGAAGCUUUCGGAUUUCCGACAUGUCAUUUCUGGUGGUGCGAAUCAGACGCUGAUGCUACUGAGAGCGAGCAUACGGGAGACGGCACCUGGUUACUUGGAGACGCUGAUCCUGGCCCGUGACUUUCAGUGCAGUGAUGCUAGGGAUAAGGUACAUGCUCUGUUCAAUCUUGCGAAGGACAAGACCGGUCUGCGCUUCAAGUCCGACUAUAGUAAGGAUAUGAAGGCUACCUAUAUGGACUUCGUGUCAGCUUGGAUCGAACAGCAUGGUACUUUGGACAUACUGGGUGCUGUCGAGGCGCAGCCAGCGAGCCGUGACCUCUACCGCACCGCACCAUCGUGGUGUCCAGACUGGAGCGUCCCGGCAAGCAGCAGCUGCCUCGUCCGCCGAGAGCGGAUACCGACUCGCUUCAUGUCCGCCGUCGACGACCUCGACGGCGCGCUGUAUUCAGCUGACGGCGGCAUGAAGCGCACCGACUCCACUGUCGACAUUCCGCUGUUCGAGCUUAAGGACGACAUCCUCCACGUCACUGGCAUAAUCCUCGACCGUAUCUCUUUCUUCCUCGAAGCCCCGGGAGAGGUACCAGCAGGAAUGGCCUUCCCGCCUUGCGACCCGCCUUCUUACUACAGAGCCAUGAUGUGGACGAAAGCGUUUUACCUUCACUACAAAUCGAAGACACCAGAGACAGGAACGAAGAAUCCCUACCCUGACGCCUUCCGCGCGGCGCUAGCAAUGUUCCACGGCGACCUUCCCUCCUCCUGGCCGCCCCGGGAUGAGAACCCAGCCAACUGCGACCCUCACGAACCCUCCGAACCAUACGUUUGCAUCCCUAACAGCAAUCACAGCGGACAGCCAACCCCGAAUCAAUCGCGCCAUGUCCUGUCGUACGGUGGUAGCUACGACCGUACUGCUGCCUGGGACGUCGUCCGCACCGUCUUACGCGGACGCAGGCCCUUCGUCACCGAGAAUGGCUACAUGGGUCUGGCGCCGGAGUAUCUCAUUGACGCUGAGACGCCGACCAGGACGGAGCCGUGGCUGUUGGCAAUUCUUGCGGGUUGCUCAGUGCCGUUGGUGCUGAGGGAGAAUGAAGAUGGCACGUAUGCGGCUGUUGGAACAGCCUUUGUGCAGGGAUGGAUGGAGGGUGAGGUAUUGGUUAAAGAGAUGGGUGUCGACACGCCAGCAGAGUUCUGGGAGGCGCUGGCAGGGGCGGAGAAGCUGAAAAUCGUAUGA